AUGGUGGAACUUGGUGCCCGGAAUUCUCACAAGCUUGAGCUUUGCUUGCAGCUGCCGGGCAUGCAUGAGGCACCAGAGGGAGACUGUGAGAGUGCGGAUGGCCUUGCUUUGGCCCAGCUCCGGGCCAGCUACCUGAAGAAGGCAGAGGCUGCGCCCAAGUACCAGUACUAUGGUGCAGAUGACUUGGAUUUUGACGCUGCCAUCCAGGAAGACGAGUCGGAUGCCGGCAUUGCGUUUGUGCAAACAUCGGCAAAAAUGGUGACCAGCCGAAAGUCGAGUACUCUGGUGGUGAGUGCGGAUGGGAGUGUGCUGUCGGGCACAGAGCCUACUGGCCAACCGGUCUCCAGCGGCACCUCCUUCGCGGUGUCUGCAGAUGGUCGCAUGCAUGUGGAGAUGUGUCUGGCCGUGCACGGUGCUCGGGGCACAGGUUCAAGAGGACGAGCUGUUCAUGCAGAGUGGAUGUGGAUGGAUGUGGUCCCUGACAACCCAGCAGCCGUGCAGCAAGGCCAGGGAGCUAUCGGAUUGCUUUGCAAUGUGACAGAUGUUGUGGAAGCCGGCGGGCUCUCUGGCGUACCUGCGUACACUUUUGGGCAACGAUCGAGACGUCAGAACAGGGCCACGGCCCUGUUGCCAACAGUGGAUGUUGCAAAUCUGCAACUUGCGCAGGAACUGGGCCGUGGUGGCAUGGGAACGGUCCGCAGGGGAAGUCUGUUGGGAAAGCCCAUUGCUGUAAAGACAUACCGCUAUAACCCCAAGGUCUGGUGCGACCCGGAAGAAGACCGGAGAGCAUUGCUCAGGGAAGCGUUGAGGCUCAAGAGGCUGGAGCACCCGAACGUGGUGCAGGUGGUGUGUCUCGUGGCUGAGACGCGCACUAUGGUCGGGUUUGGCAUGGAGCAGCUGGGCGAGAGCCUUGCAAGGGCUUCUGACAAAGGACGACUAAGCGGGCGUCGCCUUGCCAGGGCCUUUCGGGCGACGUGCGAGGCUGUGGCAUACAUCCACGGGAUGCUAGUAGCACAUUUGGACAUUAAGGAAUCCAACCUGUGCUGUUCCCGUCCUUGGAGCUUCAAUGUGAAGCUGAUUGACUUCGAUGCUGCAAUGGAGCUCAAGAAGGCUGACGAUAUUCUUAACAGGUUUCCGGGCACCUUCGAGGCAGCAAGCCCGGAACGUAAAGCCAGGCAGCCCUGCCGUGCGGUGGCGGAAGAUUUCUACAUGACAGGUUAUGCCUUCGACAAUUUACUCACCAACACACCAUCCGACCGCGCAGCAGAGUUUCUGCGAGCUCGAGUGAUGCCUUUGCUGCGAUGUGCUCAUCAAAGGCCGUCCGUGCAGCAGAUCCUGGAGACUUGGCACAAUCCGAUCCAAGCCGCAGCGGAGCCGGCAGAGCCAUUGCCGACUCUUCUUGCGAGCGAACCGGCGAAUAUGCGCCGGGUCCUGGGCCCGCACCUGGAGAACAUGACUUCUGAGGUCAAAAACUCCUGGGGUCCAGAGGUUGACCCCGAGGCCAUGUUGCUGAGAUGGUUAUGCCAGCGGCACAACUUGGAAGUUCCGCCUGUAUCUGUGCGGCGUAGACCGAAGGCCGAAGAGAGGGCGGCAAGGCCACUUCAAGCCCCUCACAGUGCAAGGGUGCAGCCCUCUUCGCAGCCAAAGCAGAGGGAGCCGCAGCCGCCGAAUAGCGCCAGGCUGCCUCCUAUUGCAAGCAGACAUACAGAAGCCAAGCGAGCUCCAGAACCACGUCUUGGCCCAGGGCAGAGCCUCCCGAUCCUCGAGGAGGAGUCUGAGGGCUCGCCGUCCCCGUCCCCAGUGCACAAGACGGAGCCGCCAGCUAUGGCGCUUGACCUGGGGGUCAAGGCCUUGACGACGAAGCCUUGGAAGUCCAAUCUGAGCAUCAAUCUGCCCGAGUGCAAGCCUUGGGCUCGGACCCUGCAGACCGUUCAGGACAAAAUCGUCUCGGACGAGCGUAGGCAUACCAGUCAUUCCGAGCUGUUGAAGGCCAACAAUCAACGUAUGCAAGACUUGAUGGCAUACAUGCACCAGGAAAUGCGUGGGCAGUUCUUAUCGAAGGUGCCACUUUUGUCAGACAAAGUUCUGGAUGCCAAGACACAGUUUCGCUUCGGCUCACAGCAUGUCGGCGUGGCCCGCGCGGCCCUCCAACCGCAAAUGCAACAGAGCGAGAUGAUUGCAGACGAGCCGGAGAAGCCGGAGAAGCCGCCGGUCACCUUUGAAGGUGAGAGCGAGGCUAAUCGCAUAGUUCAGGAGAUCUGCAACAAUGCGAAGGUCCAGGAAAAAGUCCGCGUGCAGGUGGAGGCCAAGGCAAAGGCUGCGAGAGCCGAAAUUCGGAUGGAGAAGCUAAUAGCCAAGAGGUAUAGAUACUCCUCGGGCCCCAAAGACACAGAGUUCUGGGUGAAAUGUCAAAUAAAUGAAAAUGACCCGCCUGACUUUGUCCAUGUGCUGCUAACGCAGGAAUGGCGGGUGAAGGACGUGAAGUUGUUUGAAAGGGUCGACUCGAAGAUCCAUGGCUAG